AUGCCUGGAACAUCAUCUUCAUCCGAUACACUCGAACAGUUCAAACGCGCUUUCCGAAAUCUUUUCCGGCGUCGCAAGUUCAACAUCAACGUUCCUGCAGUCGUAAAGCCACAAGCGCCAACGCGUCCAGCACGCCCACGCUCCGCCUCGGCCAUCGCUGCUCCUGAAGUCUUCAACAGCCCAGACACUCCAUCAUGGCCCAUAUUUACUCAGCUACCACAGAGCGGCGGUCUUUACUGUGCUCCCGUUGAGCUUCCGGGUUCGCUUGCACCCCUCCUCCAGCAUCGCUCCAAGUCCGAUGCGGGGCAGCCUGUAUAUCAUUCCGACCUCUUUAGCGAGCUGGACGCCACUUCAAUCCGACGAUUGAGCGUCAUUGGAAGCGAUCUGGCUGAUGAUGAGGACUUGACCGAAGCCUAUAAGGAACUUCAGGCCGAACUGGAUGCCCAGAGAACGUCGCAAAUGGACCAAGAACAAGCCAUAUCAGAACAAUCUACACAAUCAGCCCAUGAGCAACAAUCCCAAACAACAGACGAACACUCGACAGAGAAACCAGCACAGCCAGAAUCUGAAAACUCACAGGAUGAUGCAAUCUUCGAGGAUGCAGAAGAGCAUCUUUCCGAAGACCCUGCAAUCGAUAGUCUUGUAGACCCAGCAAAUAUUGCCCUUCCGGAAGAUUCAGACUCAGGCUUGGAGGACGACAACGUCUCAGUUGAAUCCAAGGCCGAAGAGCUUGCAAGAAAUGACUCAGCAAACGGCGGCAAGGUCUUCCACGACGAUUCUAGCUCUCUCUACAGCACUGAUGAAUCAGAAAUUGACGCCGACUCGACCACAGAUGCAGCUACUGUUUCGACACCUCGCACUGCUUCCUUGCUCAGAGCAGACAUGAUGGAGUAUUUCGACGAAAAGAUUCCAGUACUUUCUGAGCCGCUCCCUCAGGUUUUGCCUCUCAUCCCUGCUCCCGGAAUGGCUGCAACCUCUGGACCUCUUGAAGAAUUCUCAUGGUGA